AUGUCGCCAGCCCACUCAGAGUUUGAGCGUGACUUCCAUGUUAGCAGCACGGUUGCUUUGCUGCCGCUUAGUCUGUAUUCUCUUGCUCUUGGUUUUGGGCCAGUCCUUGGUGGCCCUCUUUCCGAGACAAUAGGACGUUAUCCGGUAUACUUGUGGGGUACACCACUUGGCGCACUAUUCACGCUCGGAGCCGGCUUAUCAUCAACUUUUCCUGGAAUCUGUAUUCUUCGCUUUUUAGCGGGACUUUUCUGGGCGCCCUCGUUGGCUGUAGCUACUGGAUCCAUUGUCGAAACUUUCAAGCCUCGAAGGCGUGGACAAAUGGUCGCCCUUUACAUUUUAAUGCCAUUCCUUGGUCCCGGUUGUGGGCAAACCUUUGAUCGGAGGUUACGUGGUCAGCCGAAAGGGCUGGCGCUGGACGCAAUGGACGUUGAUUUUUUUGCCAUAUUUUCUUUCAUCACAGUAUUGAUGAACCAGGAGACAUACCAUCCAGUAAUCCAGCACCGGUUGAACAAAGAGAGGCCCUGCUAUGACGAGCAAAAAACAUUCAAGUCCCGUUCUGAUAGGUUCAAAUCCUUCAUCCGGAUCUCUCUAAUUCGGCCGCUGCAUAUGCUGGUUGCGGAGCCAAUUGUUGCCUUGUUAUGCCUUUAUAUCGCGGCCGAAUUCGGGACCCUGUUCAGCUUCUUUGCCGCUGUACCAUACACCUUUGGCACAGUCUAUCAGUUUAGCCUGGAACAAGAGGGCCUCGUCUUUGCAUCUAUCAUUAUCGGAUGUUUUUUAGCACUGCUCACUAUAUUGCUCUGCGAUAUCUUUAUAUACAAUCGGCAGACUACACAGAAUCAAGCAAGCUCGGUAGCACCAGAGCACCGGUUAUACGCUGCCAUGAUGGGCAGUAUUGGGCUGCCAAUAGGCCUCUUCUGGUAUGCUUGGACAGCCCGGUCGAGCAUAUCUUGGGCGAGUCCUGCUGCUGCUAUCAUCGUUUUUGCAUGGGGAAACUUGUGCAUCUUUGUCUCGGCUUUCCAAUACAUGGCUGAUACCUACCGAGGCAGUGUUAUUGCCAGCGCCGCCAGCGCAAACAGCCUUGCGCGCUAUACAUUUGCGGCAGUAUUUCCCCUUUUCACCAUUCAAAUGUACGAAAGACUAGGUAUCCAUUGGGCCAGUAGUCUUCUCGGGUUUAUCGCUCUAACCUUGAUGCCAAUUCCCUGGCUACUUUUCCGUUUUGGACCACGUAUUAGAGCCAAAAGCCUGUAUGAAUCUCUUUGA